AUGCAUUCGUCCACGCCACCGUCCCUAGCCGUGGCGCUAACAGUGGCCCAACUCGUGCUGGUGUUGGUCGGUGAACGAGGCGCAACGGGAUCGCGACCCGGACCCGGCCACCGGAUGGAUGUGUACAUCGCGGGUUUUUUCCCGUACGGUGAAGGCGUCGAGAAUGGCGAAACCGGACGUGGCGUGAUGCCGAGCGUGAAGCUCGCGCUUGACCACGUGAACGAACACUCGACCAUCCUGCGCAGCUACCGGCUGCACAUGUGGUGGAACGACACCGAGUGCAAUGCGGCCGUGGGCAUGAAGUCGUUCUUCGACAUGAUGCACUCCGGUCCGCACAAGCUGAUGCUUUUUGGUGCGGCCUGUACGCACGUGACCGACCCAAUCGCGAAAGCCAGCAAACACUGGCAUCUGACGCAGUUGUCGUACGCCGACACGCAUCCGAUGUUUACGCGUGACGCGUUCCCAAACUUCUUCCGCGUCGUUCCAUCGGGGAACGCGUUCAAUGCGCCCCGGCUCGCACUGCUGAAGGAGUUCAACUGGACGCGUAUUGGUACGAUCUACCAGAACGAGCCGAGGUACUCACUGCCGCACAACCACAUGGUAGCUGAUCUCGACGCGCUAGGUCUGGACGUGGUCGAGACGCAGAGUUUCGUGUACGACGUGGAGGAAUCGUUGCGCAAACUACGCGAAAAGGACGUCCGCAUCAUCUACGGUAACUUCAACGAGUACUGGGCACGGCGCGUUUUCUGCGAAGCAUUCAAACUGGACAUGUUUGGGCGAUCGUACCAGUGGCUCGUCAUGGGCACGUACGGUAAUGAGUGGUGGGCCGAGAAUGACACCGACUGUGCGGUGGAACACGUGACUACGGCCCUCGAGUCGACGAUUCUGGUCGAUCUGCUGCCGUUAUCCACGAGCGGUGACAUCACCAUCUCGGGAAUUACGGCUGACGAGUAUCUGACGGAGUACAACAGCCGACGUGGUGGUGAGUACUCGCGGUUCCACGGAUACACCUACGAUGGGAUCUGGGCCGUUGCCAGUGCCAUCCAGUACGUUUCCCAGCGCAAGGAACACUCACUGACGCGCUUCGAGUACCGUGUGAAGGAGUGGGAAGACAUAUUUCUGGAAGCCCUCAAAAACACCAGCUUCGAGGGAGUCACGGGACCGGUGCGGUUCUACAACAACGAGCGAAAGGCUAGCUUCUUGUUGAAGCAAUUUCAGGGUGGCGCUGAGGUGAAGAUCGGUGAGUACAGCUCGCUUACUGGGCGGUUGGACUUGAGCCUUGGCCACCCAAUGAAGUGGGUCGGACGAAGUCCACCGAAGGACCGCACGCUGCGCAUCAUCGAGCACAGCCAGGUGAACAUUACCAUCUUCGUCGUGCUGGCGAGCACGUCCUGCAUCGGUAUCAUCAUGGCGACGGUGUUUCUCGCCGUCAACAUCAAGUUCCGCAACCAGAGGUACAUCAAGAUGUCUAGCCCGCACUUGAACAACCUCAUCAUCAUCGGCUGCAUACUCACGUACUUGAGCGUGAUAUUCCUCGGGCUUGACAGUGGCCUGAGCAGUGUGGCCGCCUUCCCGUACAUCUGUACGGCACGGGCCUGGCUAUUGAUGGCCGGGUUCAGUCUCGCCUUCGGUGCCAUGUUCUCCAAGACCUGGCGCGUACACUCCAUCUUCACCGAUCUGAAGCUCAACAAGAAGGUGAUCAAGGACUACCAGCUGUUCAUCGUCGUCGGUGUCCUGUUGGCGAUCGAUCUCGCGAUCAUGACCACCUGGCAGAUAGCGGAUCCGUUCUAUCGCGAGACGAAGUACAUCGAGCCAUCGGAACACCCAACUCUAGAGGACGUGAUCAUCGUGCAGGAGAACGAGUACUGCCAGUCAAGCAAAAUGACCAUCUUCAUCGGGGUGAUCUAUGCGUACAAGGGACUGCUGCUAAUCUUCGGUGCCUUUCUCGCGUGGGAAACGCGUCACGUGUCGAUACCGGCGCUAAACGACUCCAAACACGUCGGUCUGUCGGUAUACAACUGCGUGAUCAUGUGCGUGAUGGGAGCGGCCAUCGCACUCGUGCUGUCCGAUCGCAAGGACGCCAUGUUCAUCCUGAUAUCCGUGUUCAUCAUCUUCUGCACGACGGCCACACUCUGCCUGGUGUUUGUGCCGAAGCUGGUGGAGCUGAAGCGCAACCCAAGCGGUGUGGUCGAUAAAAAGGUUCGCGCCACGUUGCGCCCAGUGUCGAAGAAUCGCCGUGAUUCGUCGGUGUGCGAGCUGGAGCAGCGGAUGCGUGACGUGAAGCAGACGAACUGCCGCUUCCGAAAGGUGCUGAUGGAGAAAGAAGCCGAGCUGCAGGCACUCAUCAAACGGCUCGGACCGGAAGCACGCGCCUGGAUCGGUUUGGAGGCAUCCUCCUCCGAGCCAGACAUCAACAAGGAAUCGGUCAAGGUGCAGGUGAAAAAGGACUACGCCAGUGAAGGUACUGACUUUACGUCCAUCGGUAGCGUGGGCUCGAGCAAUGACACGUUGGAUUCGGCGGGUCCUGAAAGCCGCAAACACAAGAAAACGACCUUGGUCCUGCCGGGUGAGGAACUACCAGUGGCCAAACCCGCAACACAGACAGCCCCCAUCCCGGGUUCCACAUCGCGUGCCAACAUGGCGUCAGCAAUCUCGACGAUGGCCGUGGGAGCCGGUGCCGGUGUAGCAACAAUUGCAGCUGCCACAACCACAUCCGUCGCUCAAUCGCAGGCCAGUACCCAGCCAGUCCCGGUCAGCAACGUACACGGUGCUGUUGCACCGGUUGCAUCAGUGGCAGCCAAAUCAACGCAGGCAGCCGCAGCACAGACCAUCAACGUCAGCACCAGCGUGCCAGUCGAUCCAAGCAAGCCUAUGUUUAAUGAUGUCCGCCGGGAGUCCGUAUCGGCUGGCUCGAAAUGGUCACCAGGACAACCACUGCACCAGCAGCAGCAGCAGCAGCAGCAGCAGCAACAGACGCAGACCAUGGACCUUCACCGAUACUACGAUGACGAGCGCCCGAAUGGUCCAAUGGCGGUGGCGAAAUUCAGCACACAAGCGAACAGCAGCUCGACGACCUCAAUCACGCAUUCCAACACGGAACUGAAUCAGUUGUGCCAUCACUCGAAAUCGAGCAGCAAAAGUAGAGGAGAUAUGACCAGCGAUGGAUCGCGGCGUGUCAGCGUACAAAUGACGUCAUCUCUGAAGGGUAACUUUGUAGUUUCACAAAGUGAUCUGUGGGACACACACACGCUUUCGCACGCCAAACAACACCAACGACAAUCGCCCCGGUCACACCAGAGCUCAAACCGUUGUCCUGACCACAGCCACCUAAACCAAUCUCAGCAGGCUGUGCCAUCGCAGCAGGCGCAACAACAGCAGCAACAGCAGCAGUAUGAUCACGACAAUAGUGCAACGACCUCGCCGGGACCGAUACAGCGCAGUGUGUCGGAGAAGAACCGCACUAAACACCGGCAUAAGCAGCAGCACAAGAGCACGGCGUGUCAGAGUGAAACCGAUAGUGAACGAGAGCAGUCACGUGACUACCAGAACUUUUCGUCGUCCAUCUGUUCUACGGCUGCCAGCUCAACGGCAACCGUUUCUAUGGUAGGCAGUACGGCUGGUGGUGGUGGAGGUCACAUUAGCACAGGUGGGUAUGUCACACCGACCAAGAUGUCCUCCAGGCGAUUGGGCAAGUCGCAGCACUCACAUCACCAUUCGACACCCAACGUGGCACCAGAUCGUGCCGGAACGAUGGAUCGGAAACACCGAUCGAGUGAUUCGCGUGGUACGGCCGAUGGCAGCACGGGUGGAAGCGGAAGUGGCCCUCACGGUGGUAAACACCGGAAGAAGGAGGGUUCGGCCUCGAAGCCCAACCUGUAUGGGGCGUGCUCCGAGUCGGAGCUGCUCGAUGGCGAGACCGCCAUUUUGCCGAUCUUCCGCAAGCUGCUGAACGAGAAGGAGUCUAGGUUUAGAGCGAGAAACGUGGUAGGCGCCAGUUGCCCAAAUAUAUCGAUUAAAUGUGAUAUUGUUGAAUAUUUGUAA